GAUAUAAGAUUCAAAAAGAAAGAGUUGGGAUUUUAGGAGAUAAUUUUAAUUAGUCUACUAUUACCCUAAUGACUUGUCAUCCUUAAUGCAGUGCAACUAAAAAUGAUUUUAUGAUUUUCUUUAAAAUCACUUAAUAAUAUCUAGCACAAAAAUAAAUAUUCUAAGUAUUUUGCUUUACAAAUAAAAAAUGGGUGAUAACUUUCAAAACAAUAAAACAAUGGCUCCGGUAAUGAUGGAUUACGAGUUUAAAAUAAAAACACAAAAUGAACGAUCGAAAGUGGAAGAUUUGUUUGACUACGAAGGGUGUAAGGUUGGACGAGGCACUUACGGCCAUGUAUAUAAAGCCAGAAGGAAAGACGGUUCUGAUACUAAAGAUUACGCGUUAAAGCAGAUAGAAGGAACAGGACUUUCAAUGUCGGCUUGUAGGGAAAUUGCGCUUCUCCGUGAAUUGAAACAUCCAAAUGUAAUUAAUCUUAUAAGAGUAUUCCUUUCCCACACUGAUCGUAAGGUUUGGUUAUUAUUUGAUUAUGCUGAGCAUGACCUGUGGCAUAUAAUAAAGUUCCAUAGAGCAGCCAAAGCUAAUAAAAAAUCUGUAAUGGUUCCUAAAGGGAUGGUAAAAAGUUUGUUAUAUCAAAUAUUAGAUGGAAUACAUUAUUUACAUUCAAACUGGGUUUUACAUAGAGAUUUGAAACCAGCCAACAUACUUGUAAUGGGCGAAGGGCCGGAAAGAGGUAGAGUGAAGAUUGCUGAUAUGGGUUUUGCAAGGCUGUUCAAUGCCCCAUUGAAACCUUUAGCUGAUUUGGAUCCAGUAGUAGUCACAUUUUGGUAUAGAGCUCCGGAAUUGUUAUUAGGAGCAAGACAUUACACAAAAGCUAUUGAUAUUUGGGCAAUUGGGUGUAUAUUUGCUGAAUUAUUAACAUCUGAACCAAUAUUCCAUUGUCGUCAAGAGGAUAUAAAAACCAGUAAUCCUUAUCAUCACGAUCAGCUUGACAGAAUUUUCAAUGUAAUGGGUUUCCCUCAAGAGAAAGAUUGGGAGGAUAUAAGAAAAAUGCCUGAGCAUGCAACACUGGUAAAGGAUUUCAAAAGAUCUAAUUAUCAAAAUUGUUCAUUAAGUAAAUACAUGGAUCGACACAAAAUAAAGCCAGACAGUAAAGCAUUCAGUCUUUUGCAAAGACUCCUACUUAUGGAUCCUAAUAGAAGAAUAACUUCGGAACAAGCAAUGCAAGAUCCUUACUUUUCUGAAGAUCCUUUACCAACACAGGAUGUUUUUGCUGGCUGUCCUAUACCAUACCCAAAGCGAGAGUUCUUGACUGACGAUGACCAAGAAGACAAGGGAGAGUCGAAAGCACGACAGAAUCAACAACAACAACAGCCUAAUACCCAACAGAACCAAGUUCAAGCGAACAAUCAUGACCAUGCAGCUAAUAACGCUAAAAGAAUGAGGAUGUCAGGUCAAAACCAAGGAAAUACUGGAGGUGGUGGAGGACAACAGGAGUUCCAUCAACAACAACAAAUGAUGUUUGGUGGGCAACAACAAGGCGGUGGUUCGCAACAACAGAACAAUUUUCAACAAAGAUUUUAAUUUUUUCGGUUGAUUUUUUUCUCUCAGUGAUAGUUCAAAGUUAGCUAAAAUUUUUCAUUUCAUUUUAAAUGCUGUAUGUUAAAAAAUUCACCUUUUACGUUUACAAUGGAAUUAUCCAAGAAAGACAAGGUAACCCAAUACAAUAAGUCGGUCUUAAUCGAAGAUUUCAUAGUACAUUUUUGGUUCAAAUCAGGAAGACAUCAUACAAACUCUACUGAGUUUUCACUCGAGCUAAUGAAAAUUUGCCACAGAGUGAAGUAGCGUGGUCUAAAAAGUUCCCAAACUUUUUGAGAAGCGAGGAGGCUUUUGCCUAGCAGUGGCAAAUUGACGCCCGUUUACUUCAAAAUAUCAUUGUUAAUUUUUAAUCUAAAGAUACGUACGAUAUUAUACACGAAUUUUGAACAGUAUUAUUUUAUUUUAUAAAGACAGAAAAAUAAAUUUGUAAGCUUCAUAUAAUGUUUGUAGUUUAUGAUUGUGAUGUUCUCCUGACCGAUUUCAUCCACAAUGGCCAAUCUCAAAAGGGAGACUAAACUGUGAGUGAUAUCAUGAUGCUCAAUACAAAUGUGCGCCAACACAAGUAUAUUCUUCAUUCCCUCCUAACUAGAUGGAUCGGGAAUUCGCCACGGCCGGAAAUAGUUCAGAAGCAGGACCAAUUGCUUACCGUGCAUUCCAAGGCACGGAAGACAAAUUCCAAACUCUUAGCUUCUACUGAGAAUUUCUCACCAGAAUGACACAAUAAUCUUUUAAAAGAUCGUGAUCUACUGCCUUAUAAAAUAACCACAUUUUCGUUUUCCUUUUUACCGCCCGGGUAACUGGGUUAAGGGGGGGUUUCUUAUUCACUAAAACCACUGCGAUGGCCGGCUUCGGCACGGAUCAGAGACGCUGUUGAAUUGAGACGAUAUAACACAUACGCGGUCCCCUCCCCGGAUAAACUAGCCGCAAGUUCAACUAGUCAGACAAAGAUGUUAAUAACAUGCCAUGGCCUUAAUGAUCAUUGAAAACGGUGAAAUAUUUUUUUAAUAUAUGGAAAUCUCAUUAAUGCUUGAAUCAGACUGAAAUGUGUUAUGUAAGAUUUGUAAAUACUAUGUUUACAUAUAGGCUACAUAUAGAAGAAAAAAAACAAUCAAUAAACAAUAUUUUUUUAAUUUGAA